UGAACACAUAUUUAUCGCUUGAGAGAACUUAUUUCAGAUUAUAAUUACAGAACAAAAAAAAUCUGCAGUGCAGUAAUUUGAGGUAUUGAUUGAAUGAUUAUCGUGUCUUAAAAUUGCAUCACACUAAGAAAUAAACAAAAAUAAAGGAUAUAUCUGAGCAUAGUAAGAAAUUAAAUAAGUAAGACUUGAAAAUGAAAUAAAAAAGAAUUGUUCUACCAAAGAGUUUUAUCAAUAAUAAUUUUUCAUACGGUUCAUGACAAAUUUUUAAAGUUAAAAACAUACAAAUACAAGCAUAUAAAGUAAAUACAAUAAUUCUUGAUUAAUUUUUUUUAAAUAUAUGUUCGAGUACUUUUAAAAUUAAUAUUAUAUCUUUUAAGGAUUAAUUGUCGGUAAAGCAAUGUUUGAAAAUUUGUAUUACUGCAUAUACAGUGUUACCCGGUAUCAUGCUUGCUUCAUUGCUUCCGUAGGAUAUUUAACAUAUUAUUUAGUUAAGGCUGUAAAGCGUCCUUUGUUAGCAAUACAGUCAGGGCCAUUUCAAGAUUAUCUUUUGAGAAAAGUUGGAACAAUACAAGCAAAAUAUUGGCCAACAUUUUGGUGCAUAGAAUCCAGAGCGCAAACAAUUUUCGCUUCUUUUCUACGUUCAAAAGUUCUUCCAAAUAUAAAUUACAACAGAGAAAUAUUUGUGUUAAAUGAUGGAGGUCAAGUUGCAUUAGACUGGCUGAAAACAAAAUGUGAUAAUGAAAAUACUCCAACAGUGAUAAUUUUACCAGGACUAACUGGGGAGUCGCAAGCUGAAUAUAUUAAAUGUCUAGUACUAGCAGCAAACGAAAAUGGACUACGCUGCUGUGUAUUUAAUAAUAGAGGUUUAGGUGGCAUUGACUUGUUAACUCCUAGAUUAUACUGUGCUGCAAAUUUUGAAGAUUUAUCUGAGGUUUUAAAUCAUGUAAACAAAAAAUAUCCGAAAUCUCCCAAAGGUGUUACUGGAAUAUCAAUGGGAGGAUUGAUUCUUGGAAAUUACUUGAGCCAUUAUGCAGAAGAAGCAAGAAAAAUAAUAACAGCAGCCAAAAUAAUAAGCGUGCCUUGGAACAUUGAAAAAGGUACACAGAGCAUUGAAAGACCAUUUUUAAAUCGAUGGAUGUGUAAUCACCUUUGUGAUGCUCUCUGUAAAACUGUUGAGAAAUAUGAUAUUCUUUUUAACGGAAAAGACGAAUGGAAGGAAAAAGUUUUAAAAAGCAGAACAAUACGAGAAUUCGAUGAUAACUUUACAUCAGUUCAUUUUGGUUUUCAAAAUGUUGAUCACUAUUAUGAAAGAGCAACUUUACAUAAUAAGUUACAUAUGAUAAAAGUACCGACGUUAUGUUUAUCAGCCGCAGAUGAUCCAUUUCAACCUUUUGAUGCAAUCCCAGUAAAUGCCGCCAUGGAAUCAUCACAUGUUGCUAUAUUGAUAACAGUCAGAGGAGGACAUAUAGGAUUUUUAGAUGGCUUUUUCCCUGGACAUAAAAAUCAGUACAUGGCUCGUAUCUUUGCAGAAUAUUUUUCUGCCGUUCUUCAUGAUGUAGACAAAGAAUUCAUUAGUACUGUUAGCAAAAUUAGUGAUUCUAUUAAAGAUAAAUGAAAUCAUCAAUAAUAAUAAAAUCUUUAACAGUAAAUGUUUUAAAAAAUCUGGUAAAACUUUAAUUGUAGCAAUAAAAAAAAUUCUUAUAGAAUUGUUAAAAUUACGAGUAUACUGGAUUAAAAUCAGUGCCUGGUUUAAAUUUUAACUUUAAAAUGAACUUUUUAAUCUUAGCUUGAAUAAAUGCAAAAUAAUAAGAGCAAAUAAAAAUGAAAAAUAAUUUUUUUUCAAAAUGAUUUUAGACAAGAAAUAUAGCAGUUGUUGAAUGCUUAAGUUACUAAUCCAUUGAAUAUUUUAGUAAAUUUAUGAUAUCGAUCAUCAGGAAAUUCCUAAACCGAGCACAUUCUUAUUCCAUUACUUAAAGGUUCUAUUAUUUUGACCUAUCGAAAAUUCUAAAAUUAGAUUUUGGAUGGCAUAUAUUGUUUUUUCAAUUAAGCUCCAAUUAACACUCCAUUCAUUUCUCAAACUUUCAAGAUGAUAAAUAAAACUUUAAAUUAUUAUAUAUUAGGUAUCUUUAAAAUUUAUAAAUACAAAUGUAUCUUCCUAUAGGCAAUAAACAAACUAAAUCAAUAGUUAAUCUAGAAAACCG